AUGUGGCGUUCCUUCGCUUGCGAGCAACAAUUUUUGUCCGAAUACUUUCGGUAAGUUGUGGUAUGUUUUUGAGCUCAAAUUUUUUAUUUUGAAGUAUUUUUUGAUAUUUUAUGUUGAUCACCUUUGUACUGGUCUUAAACAUCAUUGACGUACAGUGAAACCUCUUUAGUAUGACCCCUAAAAUAGAAUAGUAUGACAUCCUCUUUAUAAUGACAGCUUUGUGACUACUUUUGUAAUAAAACCCAAGAAAUUACCUGGAUAGUGUGACAUGUUUUAUAGUCAUUCUACACCUUAUGGCAUUUUUAGGUUAUAAUGGCACUUUUAGUUUCUUGGGUGUCAUAACAAACAGGUUUGACUAUAUGACUUUUAGCGUUAGAAAAACCAAAGAGAACGUUUUAUUAAUAGCAAGAGUUAAAAAAAAACUACAAUAAUGUAAAACGCCUUGAUAAUAUUUAAACAAAUCAAAAUUUUUUUUUUACUUUUUAAUGUAAUAAUAUGUGUACAUUUAAGUAUUUAUAAAUUUAAUGUUUGAGUUUUUGACCUUCAAUAUUUGAGUUUUAUAAAGUUUUUCGUUUGACUAUGCAGCGGAAUUUCUUUAUAACGAAGCGCUCGGGCCUUGGAACGUUAUUUUUUAUGAAGCAGUUUUGUUACGAGUAUUUACUAUAUGUUUUUUUGUUUGGUUUCACUUUUGUAUUUUACUAAAACAUUAAAUUUUUUCACUUUAAAGUAUUUAGGACAGCGUUUUUAUAAUCUUGAAACUCAAACUCAUUUUUCAAACAUUUUUCAGUCGGAAUUAACCUUACUUUUAUCACUAAAAAGCUUUCGAUUAGGCAUAGUCCUGUUGAUCUCUCCCUUAUAAAAGAUAGACGACAUUCAACUUCAUUUCUGAAUGUCGUGUUUCCUCGAAUAAGAACCUUAUUUUCCGGCAAUUAAUACCUGAAAGGUAAUCACGCACCCAACGUAUGUCUUUCUUGAGUCUCUCGAGGUAAGUAUGAACAUGUACAAGAAUGUAAAGGUUGUCCGGGUUACCGACUUAUAUUAACCAUAAAAAUUAAGGGUUUCGGCGAAUAAAUGAUUUCAAAAACUUGUUGUUGGAAGUGCUUUGUAAUUAGGCGUGUUUGUUUGUUUUGGUUAUUGUGAGGGUGGUGUGUUGGGAAAUAAUAGGUUAAGGGGGUGGGAGGGGGGGGUCUUGGAAACGAAAAGAUAAGACGAUCUGUGGACAUUGAGUUGUUGAGGUAAAGUAUAACGUUUAUAUCUUUUGAUUUUUGAUAGUACUGAUGUCAUAACUUUUUUAAAUUCAAAGAACACAAAAUGCCAGAAAACCUGCAAAAAGCUUUUAACAGCUUUUAAAAAAUUACGAACUAACAACCACAUUUUAAACUCGGCAACUUAACAACAUUGCUUUUGUAUAAUUUUAAAAGUUACCGCAACUUAGAAUUUUGCAUAAGAUCUUACAUUUACAUGCUCUUUCAAUAAAAAAAAUUUUGAACAAAAUCUGAUUGUUGCAGGUCGAGUACCUUCCUUGUUAUUAGUGGUAUACAGUAUUCAAAAGUCACUCGUUAUACAAAAAUUUAUACAUAACUUUACUUAGAAAACAUACCUUCAAACAGAUUUAUUCUUAUACCCUAACAUAUUCACGUUUUACAUGUUCACGUAGACUGAUGUAGUUUAUGAACAAAAAAUGUACUUUUUAUUACUAGAAUAAAUUAGUUUGUUUCCCAACGAACGUAUUGUCUGUUUUAUGAAGGCUAACAUACGUGAGUUUAUAUGAGGACUAUGGUGCUGCUUUUUUUAGCAGAACUAACAAGUAAGCAUAAAAUAGCUAUAUAUCAGGAUGUUCAUUUAAUGCUGUGCCCCAAUCCAAAGCGAAUUUUUAUGGUUAGAGGGCACAGAAUUAUUUAGACAGCCUAAUAUUAUACUUUAUAUUUGCAUAAGUUUUUUAUAUAAGGUUUCGCAGUUUAAAAAGUUACGUCUAAAAGACGUAAUGUCAUUUUUUAAAAAGAGUUCUCUAGUUUUUUUGUAUUUUUGAAGUUUGACCGCUGUGGCAUGAAUAUGGUCUUAAUUUGUCAUCAGACUGUCAGUUCAUUACCGGCGUCUUGAAUGUGGUAAUGAAGCAUUUAACAAAAUUACGUGCGAUUUGAAUGCUAUUCAGCUUUGCAAUAAGUCUAUUUGUCAUCAAGAUAUAUAAGACAUAGAUAGUAGGAAGUAAUAUCUUCAGACCUUGUUUUACGAUAUACAUCUGCCUUUUACUUUAGAGAUUAUUGUAAGGUAUACCUCCGUCUUUUACUUUAGAUCUUGCUGUAGGGUAUACCUCUGCUUUUAACGCUGUUAAGUUGUUUCAUCUUCAAUAUAUAAAUAACCUUACAUUAUGCCUGUUUCAGAAGUCGUUCAGCAGAACAAAAGCUAGCUGAAGCCGAGUUUUCAAAGCCUGAAAAGGGAGAAUUAGAGGAACCAAUACCAGAAGUGCUUGAAUCUUCUAAAGAAGAGGAAGAUACUGUAGAUACAGUAAAGACCCCAGAGACCGACACUUUGGAAGAGGAAAGUCUAGAGAAGCUAGACCUCGAAGAGCCUUCUGAACAGCCAGAAGAAGUCAAACCAACCGAAAAACCAAAACCAAAAGUUGAUAUUACUAAACAACACAUCAUGGUAAGUAGUUUGGCUAUGUUUACAAGAAGCAUUUAUUAUAUUACUCUGCAAAAAUCGAAGAAAAAUAAACAGGGUAAACAUAAAGUUAGAGUACCUUCUGGGAUACAGAAAACUUUACUGUUAAAAACAAAAAAUAUUACCCAUAGAGUGCUAUAAAAUUGUAGAUGACCUAUCAAUUAACGCUUAAUCCGUCUGAAAAGUAACAUUACAAUUAACUGACUAAUGAAACUACAAUAUCCUUUUCGCUGUCAUUAAUAAAAACUAUCAAAGUUAUGUUGUUAUUCCUUUAAAAUCCAAAUAUUUGGCCAAAUUUUAAAUGUGCUGAUGCCUAAAAAGACCCUACAAUGCUAUUACAUUGUAAAAAAGACCAUUUUCCCCGAGGUAAUUCAAAUGUAUUUUAUAAAUUAUGCCUUUAAGCGAUUAUCGGAUUACUCGGUAAUUUUAUUCGACUACUUACCGAGUAUUAAUACUUGCAGUCAAUAAAUUUUUGACUUUACUUUUAUUUUCCGACAAUUUUUAUGGACCGAAUUCGUGAUAUCAUAUGAGGUAUUUGGUAGAUUUACAUAAGGAAGUAAAGCUUUUAGAAAAAUAUAAGGGUAGACAGAGAUCAAUAAUAGUUUAAGAAUGGAUAACAUGGGCUUUAGAUCCUUUAUUUUAGAUUUGUUUAAAAGUAGAGGCUUGAAAAAACAUCUUAAACGCUAAUUUCUAUCUUUUACCAAUGUUAUUUCACCUUUUACGUUGUCAUAACGUGCCAAAACUAAUUUCAAAACCCCUCAAAUUGCCUCCAAGAGCCGCCAAACAGUCCAAACCCUUUUGAAACACCUAUUCGUACUAACAACAUUACCCUCCAAUUAGGUUCUGUAGCAGUAACUUUGGUAAUCGACUACUUUCUCUCAAGUAUAAUUUACUCUUGCUGAUGUCAUGGGUAAUAUUCUGUGAAAACAAGCACGUAGUUUAUUCUUUCGUCUCUUCCUUCCCCUACCGCAAGUUACCUUUAUGUACAAGUCUAUGAAUGUGGAUUCGACGGUGCUCCGGCUGAUUCGGGUAUGAUGUUCUGUUAGCUUUCGUUAUUGUUGGGUUAAAAUAAGGUACUGUUAAAAGUGGUGCCUUAUCAAACAGUAUCUAAGCCUUGUCUACCAGUAACUGAGCUGUGUCUAAUAGGAUCUACAAUUUGUAUAUAUCUAAAAGCCAAAACUUCACGAAAAUCAGUCUCCAACUGCCUUUUUUGCCAUUUUUUCUAAAAUACAUAUACACCUACACCCCGUAUGUUCCAGUACCCGGCUCUGUUUGUUUUCCUGCAGAAUUUGAAUUUAAUAAUCUGACGUUUAAUUAAUUCGAACACCUGCUUCGAUACAUAAAGUACUGAGUAUCCUGCGGGCACGGCCAAAUGCCGCAGCGUUCUUUGACUUUUUGUUUUGUAAAUUGUAUUUUUAUGUAUUUUAAAGCUUUCUCGCCAUGUCCAGACUUUUUGUGCGUUUUUAUAAAAAAGUAGGUUGUAGCUGUCAAAGUAUAUUGUUAACGAAGGAUAUCGUACUGUUUAGAUAUUAUAGUGCAAGUGUAAAGCAUUUCUAAAGUGGUGGUGUUCUGAGAAAAUGUAGCCAGAAUUUGUUUUAAAUGGAUAAAAGAGAAUUUGUUUUAAAUAGAUAAAAUUAAAAGUGUUACCUAAAAAAACAACUGUUGGUAUUUUUAUAAUGUUACCUAAAAAGUUAAAAAAUUAUAAAACUUUUGUUUAUAAGGUCUACUUUUCAUCGUCAUGUGUCUUUACCUAACUACAAUAUCUCGAGAGACAAUAAUAACAUAGAUCUUCUUUUUUCAUAAUUGUAAAGAAUUUACAUUCAAUCACUAUGUAUGUAAAAUUAAAGAAAGUUCUGUAUUCUAACAUAUUUUUAUAAUUUUUAAAAUUACAAGACACCAUUUACCUCAAACUGUAUCCAGUAAUUACGUCUUACCUCACCUAAUGACAUGUUUUCAGACUUCCGCCUCGAUGUUUGAUAAAACUGCCCAUUCGGACCGACCUGCGCCCGAGAUGCCGGCCAUUGUGGGCAUCGAAUACCCCCGGGCGGCGUCCUGGUCCAGUAGCACCGUCGAAGAGAUCCUCCGCGAUUCCAUCGGUCGACAAGUCUUCAGAUGCUUCUUGUUUCAGUCGUUGGCCGAAGAGAACCUGUUGUUCGUGGAGGCGAUAGAGAAGUUAGAAAAGGACAAAGAUGGCAAACAUAUUAGAGAUGGCGUCAAAGGUCUGCUGGACGACUACGGAUCGUACAUCAACUUGAGCAGCAAGUCCAUGGCUGUAAGAGAUCGAUAUUAACAUAGAAAACUUAUUUUUGCGAAGAAAAACUACAAUACUUUGUUGAUAACCAAAUAUUUUCACAAACCCAUCAUGGAUAAUAUAAGAAAACCACUUUCAGAUGCUAAAAGAAGCGGCAGCAACAGACAACCCAGAUCCUAAGGCGUUAGAAGUAGCUCAUAAAGAGAUUUCCAAAUUAUUAGAAAACGACCAAUUCCCCAGAUUCAGAAGAUCAGCCAUUUACAUUGAAUUCCUAGAGCAAUUGUUACCUAGAAGCUACGCGGAAAGGUGGAGUCAGAGUUUCGAGGCUCUGUUGGGCAAUCAGGUCAGUUAAUAUAGAAUUAUACAUAUAGUCAUUACCAUCUUUUUGGUUCUGGAAACAAAAUUUUGUCCAAUUUCACAAUAUCAUCAAUAAAGUAUAGCUUUCGUCGUAUAAGAUGUCGUUGAAAUAAAAAUUUCUAAAAUAAUGCCAAAAAACGAAAAAUUAAAUUUUUCUUUGAAAUUUGUCAAAAUUAUGUUUGAAACUACAUUAUUUUAUAAAAUAUACUUAUGCCACUUUCAGGUAGGACGACAUCACUUCCGGCAAUACCUCUUCUCGGUGCACGCUGAAGAGAAUCUUCGAUUCUGGGAGGCUGUGGUCGAGUUUCGUGGACUGAAAGACAAAUCUCCAGCGAUGCAGAACAUGGGGAAGACAAUAUACAAUCAGUACCUUAAGGAAGGAGCUCACAACGAAAUAUUCUUGCCAUUUGGAGUCAGACAGGGCGUGGAGAAGUUGUUGAAGGAAGAGGUUGAUCAACAUCUGUUUGAUAACGCCAUCAAACAUGUGGAACAACUGCUGAAAAACGACCCUUAUGUAAGGUUUUUACAGUCUAAAGAGUACAACGAUCUUUUGGCCAAAUUAAAGAAUUAG